UGCGUCUAUUUUUAACUCUUAGUUUCGGUUUAUUUGUAAACAGUUGACACAAAUUUAAGGAUUCCGGCUUGUUAUAAUUAGGUUAUACAAAAGUAAAGAUUACAAUUUAUUGAAUAUGAAAGCAGAAACUUGCGACAUUAUUUAUUUCCAGAGAAAAGCAUCGGCAUAAAUCACACAUUUUGCUGCAGAUAAAGAUGGCUGACGACAAUCGCUAUCACGAUGAAAGAGAUACCGUUGGUGGUGGAAGAGGUGGCAAGGGUGGAGUGGGGUAUAAUAACGUCCCAAGUGGACAUGACGGUGAGGACGGUGAACCUUGUCCUGGUGGCAAAGGUGGUGUGGGUGGUAGACCAGCCGUAUCCAAAAAAGCCUAUAUCUGGAAUGAUAACUGGAACAACGUUCCAUGGUAUACAAGAUGGUUUGGUAUUGGAGGAAACGUUUGGAGAACUGAAAAUGAAUAUGAUAUAACUGAUGGUGGAAGAGGUGGCAAGGGUGGGGUUGGGUGUAGUAAUGUCCCAAGUGGACAUGACGGUGAAGACGGCGAACCUGGUCCUGGUGGCAAGGGUGGUACAGGAGGUAGACCGGCAGUUACAAACUCUUGUUAUCAUGAAAGACCGAGGGACGAUACUUUUGGUUUGAUUAAUGUUCCUUGGUAUACGAAAUGGUUUGGCAUUGGUGGGUACAUGAAAAAAUCACAAAGUGACGAAAACGAUUGUCAUUCGGAACGAAUUUCGGCAUCGGGAAAUGAAAAAUGUAAUAAAGUGAAUCACGUUCCUCGAGGAAGUGAGGGCGGGAAUGGUGAAUGUAAUACAAUGAGACAAGGGUCUCGAGGAAGUGAGGGCGGAAAACCAACAUUAUAAAACUGACACAUCUUUAAUUGUGUCAUAUUCAGAAUUGUGUACUUGAUAAAAUAAUUCAACAAAGCUAGAUAGCAUAAUAGUGCAAUAGUCCAAGUUAAUACAAGAUUUUAUUUUUCUGAAAAAUAAAUAAAUACAUAUUUUAUGUAUAUAUAUAUGUUUUGUAUAUUCAGAUAAUAGUAUAACCCGGUAUCAUUUAUAUAUUGCUUAGAGUGAGAGGACGUUUUCAAGAGGAUUUUGUCAUCAAGAUGUUUUGAUUUCUCUGUGUAAUAUUUAUGGUUCUGUCAUAUAUUCUAUUUCACAGAUAUUUAUAUUUCCCGAAAUAGUAAAGAAGAUUGCAAAUGGUGACUAUAUGUAUUUGUUGCAAUAAAUAUAUAUUUCAAAUUAUACAUAUGUCAUUAACGGAGGAUAUUGAAUGAAAGUAUGUUCAAUACUGAAUUAAUUUUGAACGAGUUGAAUGUAUGUAUGGUAAGGAUAAGCAUUGCAGGGGGAGUAUGCUUUUCCCGUUUCGGGCACAAAAUUGUACACCUAUCAUAAUAAAUUACUUGUUUAAUUGUCUUAAGCUCACAUGACUAUUCUUCAAUGUAUCAAGAGGAUUGGCUCGUAUAUUAUAUGAAAAGCUUGAAAUCGUUGUUUGAAGUCAACAAUUGUGACAUUUUUUUUAGGAAAUCGGGGUGAGAAUUUUUUCUCCGAAAAAUAUGGGUCUCACCGUAGGGCUUAUGCCAGAAAUAAUCUCUUUUAUGUAACUCAAAGUUAUAAAAGUAACAAUUCCUCCGUGAUUGGUCUUUAUUGAGCUUAUCUCUCAAUUUCCAUUUCAAAAUCAGGGAUUUUUGCGUUUUUCUUGCUCUCAAGCGGAAGUUUUAGCGGACAAGACGCGGUGAACCUUAGAAUUGCUAUUAAAACUCGAUAUUUAAACUAAUGUUUAUUAUUUCUUUUUAUUAUUGAUUGGACAGAUGGCUAAAAAGGAGGACGGUGACAUCCAGCCGUUCAAAUAUUGUAGGAAAUAAAAGUAUUUAUCUAUAUAUCCGUCUGUCUGUCUGUAUAUAACCAUAGAUAAAAAUGAAUGUUCUUAGCGAAACACAUAAAUAUUAAAGAUAAGAUACAUGCUGUUGUUGAACUUUUUAUAUUUAUGUAACCUUAUUAUACUAGCUAUAAAAGUGAUAAAAAAUAAUGAUUAUUGACUUCUUUUUGUUAUUCAAAUUCAAACAAUUUAUAAAUAUAACUAAUUUUUACACGGCCAUUAAAAGAAGAUAUUGUUUUUUUGUUGUUGUUUUAUUUUUCUUCAAGCAAUUUGUAUUUUGGCAUGUAAUGUUGACCAUCUUUACUAAAUAGCCUUUAUUUUUUUAAUUAAAUUAAAAAACAGGGAAGGGUUAGGGAAAAAUUUAACAAUUUUCGACAGUUUCCCUCAUUACAUAAAGUUUCUCUACCCUAUAACAAUAUUGUGAAACAUCGAAAUCAUGAUUGUGUUUAUUUUCUAUUCAUUUUUCAUAACUUGUAAAUUAAA